CAAGGGCUGACUCAUCGCUAUCAUCACGUGAUAGUAUCAAAAAAUGGGCGUCCCGCUUGAGGCCUCGAAGACAUCCGCUAUUGCCUGGAGGGCUCGCGGCCAAUUCUGAAGUUUUGUACACGGAUUACGCUCUUUGAGAACUUGCCAAAGCUCGUUUGAAGCUUUAAGCUCGAACAAACCCCCCGUCCACCCCCUAAUCAACCCGGCAAUCAUUCAUCCCACUUCUCCCGCGGGGCUCUCUCAUUCAACUAAACUUACACACGAUCAACUAUUGGUCUCGUCUCGACCAAAAGGCCAGCAAUAUGCCGUCCCCUUCGGCAGUCGUCCCUGGGGUUGGCAUCCAAGCCUUGAUUCUGUGCGGCCCUGGAGUUUCCCUGAACACCUUCACCACCAACGAGGAAUACCCGAAAGCAUUGAUUCCCUUGGCCAAUCGGCCGCUGAUCUAUUACCAGCUAUCAUGGCUGAAGAAAUCAGGCAUCACCGAUAUCACAUUGAUUACACCUCCCUCGACUGCGGCACCUCUUCAGGCCGCACUACAACAAAACCCUCAUCUUACCUCUCUACCGUCUCCAUCGCCGUCAGUCCUUGCGCCGAAAGAUCUCGAUCUAAACAUGGGAACCGCAGAGCUUCUCCGUUUGCCUGAGGUACAGGCCUGCAUCAAGACCGACUUCCUUCUCCUUCCUUGCGACUUGGUGUGCGAAAUUCCCGGCGAGUCGCUUCUCGAAGCUUGGAUGGUCUCCCAAAGUGCGCUCGGAGGCUCCUCUACCGUUUCCGAGGGACGAAAUGCUCACGGUCCAACUUCUUCUGGGUCCGGUGGGGAGAAGGGAGGUCGCCGCGGUGGACUGACUGUGUUUUACCAAACGCAAAACCGUGAAGAAUCGGUGAAAGGCGAAGGCACCGACUUUCUGGCCAUCGCACCUCUGGACAACGACGAGGCGCCAGCGGUGUCGCAUGCCGUUGACGGUCCUGCGGCGCUGAGACACAACUUGUCCAAGGUUGUAUUGUCGAUGCCCAUGGCAACCGUGAAGGAGAAGAUGGAACAGGACAAGGGCCUGCUUCUUCGGCAUUCGCUCACGGAGAAGCACCCUCGUGUUAAGAUGCUUAGCACUUUCCGGGAUGCUCACCUGUAUAUCUUCCCCUAUUGGGUCAAAGAGUUGGCACUUCGUCAAGAAACGUUCCAGUCAGUCAGCGAGGACUUGGUUGGCUUCUGGGCUAAGGCUGAGUGGCAGCGGGGACUUGGCGAGAAGUUGGGGAUGGAUGAGAUUUUCCAUCGGGAAAAUGGCGCUCAUGCCGAGAGUGGAAGCUACGACGGUGAAUCAAUAGAAGAGGAGAUUGAUCUUCUCGCCAUGUCCACCACCAGCUCAAGGCCAAACAUCAGCGCGGCCCGACCCCCUCCAACCUCCUCCUUUGCGUCCCGAGUUUCCAACGUCUCGAGUGACGCCGAAAAGCCAGAGCUGAAGAUUCCCCCUCUCUUGGCUUAUGUGCAGCGUGGCUCUGCGCCGUUCGUUCGCCGCGUUGAUAGCAGUGCGAUCCUGCUUUCUACGGCUCUUCGUCUGGCCAAGCUCGAGUCUGUCGAAGAAGCCGGCGCCGCCGCCUCGCCCUUUGCUCUCCCUCAAAAGAUUGCACACCCCGAAGGUAUCGCUCAGCGAACCACGAUCACCAAGUCUGACUGUCUAGUCGGUGAAAACACCACAGUCGAGUCCAAGUGCGUGAUCAAGGAGAGUGUGAUUGGUGCCAACGUGAAGAUUUGCUCGGGCGCGCGUUUGCAAAGGUGUUUGAUCAUGGACGGUGCCGUGGUGAACAGCUCUUGCACACUUACCGGCUGUAUCGUCGGUCGCCGAGCCGUAAUUGGCAAGGACUCUGUCCUCAGGGACAGCGAAGUCGGCGAUGGAUAUCUCGUCGAGGAAGAGACCGAUGCCAAAAACGAAAAGUUCAUGAUCUUUGAGGGUUUGGAGGAUGAUGAGGACAUGGGCAGCUCCGGGGACUUUGAUGGAGAGGAUGAGCUAGGAUUCUAAUCGAUAUCACUUAUCUUCUUGUGUUUGUUUUAUAGCUCUCUUAUGUCUUGACGAUAUAUGGAUAGAUUUCAUGACCGACAGGUAAACAAGACAAGCACGAACUUUUCAAAACGAGCAGCAAUUUCAGCGGCACUCUACAGGUAACCUCUAACAGGGCUAGGCUUAUUGAGCUUUAGCUAAGAGUUUGAAUCCUUU